AUGAAAAGUUUGGAGAAACUCAAUAUCGAACACAACCGAAUAACGUCCCUCGAGCCCGGAAUGUUCCGAGAGCUCAAUCAUCUCAACGAGUUGGAAAUCGACGGCAACCCAUUUCUAUGUGACUGCGAUCUAAAACCCUUCACAAAUUUUAUUUCUGGAAGGUUUUCGCUAAAAGAAAUGCCCAAGGCAAGCUGCGCGAGUCCUCAGCAAAGACAGUCGAUGAACAUUAUUGAAGGGGUCAGUCUCGCCGAUUGCGAAGAGCAAGUUGUUCCUCUUGUCCAAGCCCUCCAAGAUGCUUUUCGAAGAAAGCCUUCUGAUGUGACUGUUCCUUUUGGGGCACCAGUAUUUUUUCCCUGCGCCGCUGAUCAUCAAAUUACCUGGUCAAAAGACGGAAUCGAUAUUGAAGCUUCAGACCGGGUUAAAAUAACAUCUGUUGGUCUUGAGAUACCAAAUGUGGUCUUCGAUGAUUCAGGCGUCUACGAAUGUUCAGUGAGAACUUCGGAAGGAAAGCUUACUGCUUCUGGAACUCUAAAAGUUCUCUCUUGGCCGGUUUUGCUCUCUGAUAACAACCAAAAGCUAGAAAAAUAUCUCGGUGGAGUGAUUGUUAUUACCUGCAAGUUUGUUUCGAAUCCAAGAGCCACUGUUACCUGGCUCAAAGAUGGCCAGAGACUAAAACGAUCUAAAAGAGUGAGAAUAACCGGCUCUGUUAAUAGAUAUACAGUCGAAUCGACGCUGAAAAUUUACAGAGCGGGCGAUACCGUCGAAAUCCCUUGCGAUGUCUUCGGUGAUCCUUUUCCAAGCAUGUGGCUAUCAAAAGACCAACAGAAGAUCAUUUCUGGCGGGCGUUACUCUGUUAUUGAUAAGAAACUGAUCAUUUUUGAAGCAAGAGAAGAAGAUGCAGGUCUUUACAUUUGCAAUGGACGGAAUUACGCCGGGCUUCAAUCAAAGCCAAUAGAAGUUAUUUUUAAAAGAAGCACUUCCACAAACCGUAUCGCUGAGAGAAUCCACGAUUUUGGCCUAAUGGGAGGACCCGAAAUCGAACAAAUCGUAGUCACAGCAGCUGCAAAUGUACGAAAAGCUGUCAAUCAAACCAUCGCCCGUCUCAAAAAAGACUCAUCAACUCCAGAAGUACCUGUUCGUACCCUCUUCGCUUUAGCAAAAUUUCCUUCUCGCCCCGGGCUGAAAAAAGCAGUAGCAGCUGAGAUCUUUGAAGAAACUGUUCGACUUGCUCUUGAUAACUUGGAGCCAGAAAAGUUUGAUCCUGAUGCAGAGAUCAAAAAAGUUGCUAAUCAUUUGACAGAGCAAGAUAUCAACGAUCUCCGGGAACUUGCCGGUUGUGAUGAGCAUCAACUUGUGCCAAACUGCGAGGAGAAUAUGUGCUUUCAUAAGAAGUAUCGAACUGUUGAUGGUCUUUUAGUUGAUUCCUUCUCUCGUCGUGAGCAAAUCAACUCAAUAACUUCCUUCAUCGACGCAUCGAAUGUCUACGGCUCUGACUUAGAAAAGGCAAAUUAUCUUCGAAUGGAUAACGAUCCUCUCGGAAGAUUGAAAACGCGAACUGAAGAAUAUCCAAAAGGAAUGCUCCCGUUUUCUGGCCCCGCGAAUGCUGCUUCUGUUGAAAUGGAUUGUCGGGGAAUAAUUGAGCAUGUUCCAUCAGAAGAAGCUAGAACGGCUUGUUUUAUGGCAGGCGAUGCUCGUGCAAAUGAACAAAUUGGCCUUACAACGAUGCAUACGAUUUUCUUACGCGAGCACAAUCGAAUCGCCUGGCGUCUUCAUGAAAUUAACCCACAUUGGUCUGGCGAAGAGAAAUAUCUUGAGAGCAGAAAAAUCAUCGGCGCGAUCAUGCAAAAAGUAACAUACUCAGAAUGGCUGCCGAAAAUUCUCGGCGAGGAGGGUAUGAAAAAACUCGGCAAUUACACUGGCUACAAUCCAACAGAAAAUCCCUCCGUGACGAACGUUUUUGCUACUGCUGCGUUUCGCUUUGGCCACAGUCUCAUCAAACCAGUGGUGAAAAGAUUGGAUGAAAAUCUUCAGCCUCACAGGCAAUACGGUGACCUUCCGCUGUACAAGGCAUUUUUCAAUCCUUACCAAUUGUUCAAACGAGGAGGAAUCGACCCGAUUAUCCGAGGGCUUGUUUUUACUGGAAGCAAAGAUAAACGAAUGGAACUUAAUGGUCCCAUGAAUCCUCAGCUAAUAGAGAGGCUAUUCGAGUCUUCAGACAGAGUAGCGCUUGAUUUAGGUGCUCUGAAUAUCCAACGAGGCAGAGAUCACGCGCUUCCAUUUUACGCUGAGUGGCGUGAGCACUGUGGCUUGGCGCCUUUGUCAGACUGGAACGACUUACGAAAUGAGUUUGAUACAGAUGUGAUAGAUAAAUUUAAGUUAUUAUAUUCAAAUGUGGAAUAUAUAGAACUGUUCCCGGCGCUUGUUUUGGAGAAGACUAUUCCCGGGACAAGAACCGGCCCUACAUUACAAUGUCUUUUGGUAGAUCAAUUUAAAAAGUUGAGAAGCGGAGAUCGAUUUUGGUAUCAAAGGCCCGGUGAAUUCAGCCCGCAACAACUCCGAGAAAUAGAAAAGACAACACUUGGACGAAUUUUCUGUGAAAAUGGCGAUGCGAUUUCCAAAAUGUCCACCAACGUCUUCCUGAUGAGCUCCUCUCAAGUUCCAUGCGAGCAUCUUCUGGAACACAGCUCGCUCGAUUUAGAAAAAUGGACCGAUACUUGUGAACAUAAAAUAACUGUGCAAUAA